AUGAACGAAGAGGCAUUAUCUUCCUCAAACUCAACUUCAAUCUCUUCAGAUUCACCAUCUUUAUCUUCUGCUUCAUCGUCAUUUUCUACGUCUACAUCUAAACCAAUCGAUUCAUCAACUAUUCAAUCAUCUUCACCUUCUGAUACUCUUCAUUCAUCUUAUCGCACUACUUCUCAACCUACACCUCACUAUUCGAAAUCGACUGGAUUUAUUACGUCACGCGAUUCUUAUAAUUCAUCUUAUAAUUUUUCCCGAAAUUGUUAUUUAACUGCUGAAGCUAAGGUAAAUGAUGUUUCUGGUAUUGUCUUACUUGAUACCGGCUCUGGUGUUACAAUUAUUAGUUCUAAACAUUGGAAAAUUAUUGGUACAUAUGAUUUUAUUGGUGCUUAUAAUGGACCUGAUAUUCAAGGACCUGAUGGAAGUUCAAUUGGUGCUGAAGGUUUAGUUUCCAAUGUGGCUUCGUUAAUAUCCAGAACAAUAUCAAUCUCAUCUGAUCUUACUCAUGCUGGUCGUAUUGAUGCACCUGUUAUUUCUACCGAAAAACAUACUAUCGCUCCAUAUCAUAUUGCUUAUAUUCAAGUUAAAGUUCCAUCAUCUGUUGCCUCUCAUACGUGGGAUGCUUCUAUCACCGGUCAUCGCUCUCAUAUUGCUACAGCUAAUAGUUUAAUUCGAUUUACCGAUCGUAAAUCUGUCGCACAAACCGCUAACUGUUCUUCUCGUCAACAACUGGUUUAUCGUGGUCAACAUAUUGCUUUGGGCGAUCUUUAUCUUGAUGACUUAAUUUCAAAUAUUGCCAUACAUUCACUUGUAUCUUCAUUACCAAUUUUAUCUUCAUCAACAACUUGGGAAUCACCGAUACUCUUAUCAACAAUAAGGAUUUUUCAUCAAUUCAUCAUCUACGAAUAA